UUCAAAUGUAAAAUCAAGAGUAUUCAAAAAUCAACUUCCCGAAGUUAGCCGUUCGUUCUUGUUUUUAUGUGUUUAUUGUCACACUUUCAAAUGCAAGUUGUCUUAUAUAUAUAUAUAUAUAUAUAUCUGUCUCCAUCUGCAUCUGCAUCUGGUACGCACGGUCGAAGAUACAUUUGCAAGUCAAAAGCAGGCGAGCGGAGGGAUACAUAGAGAGAGAUUCAGAGGGAGCGAAUUACUGCUGUUGUGGCCAUCAUAAAAGAUAAGCAUUAGAUAGCUACGAAGGGAAUAUAUGCUAAUUUUGUUCGUGCUGUAAUUCGCACUUGGCUUUGUAUAUCAGUGAAAAUUUUCUUCUCGUUAUUUGCCUUUUCAAGCAAAGCAAAUACGUGGGCGAUUCUAAUUGUCUUGGAGAAUUUAAGCGAGUCGUGUUUAGCUUAAUCGCGCCGUCAAGAAAAGAAGAGAAAAUCAAAGUGCAUAACAGGCAAUGCCAAAAACUCUCAACGAAAACCACCGGUUAGAGCGAAGAAGAACUGUCCUGUAGUGAAUUCGUAGUAACAUAUAUAUCAAAGAAAUAAUUUUAAUCAACAAACAUAAGUUACGAUCAGGUUAUGCAACCAAUUUAUAUAGCUCAAGCCCUCCAUAAGUAAGCGUUGACAUACCCCACUGUACCUUGAAAAUACCUGUUCUUUGAAGAACAAAUCACAAAUUGGCUAUAGCCAACCGCCCUUACUUGAAUGUGAAGACAACUAAGUAAGACAUGGAGAGCGUUUGUCGCGUUUGCAUGAGCACAGUGGACCUGGUGGAUAUAUUCGCGGAUGGGAAUAUGUCUGAGUGCGAACUCACCCUUGCGCAGAUCUUAAAUGAAUGUGUCACCUACCCAGUAAAACCUGACGAUAAACUUACAAAGAAGAUUUGCGGGUCUUGUAUAUUAGAUGUGAAAAUAGCUUAUAGAUUAAAGCGCAAUGCCGAAGAUAGCCAUAAGCUACUUAGUAUGAGUCUAAUGGAAACAGAAGACUUUAUCGAUAUGCUAGCAGAAGAAGAUUGGGAGCUAGUCAAGGAUAUGAUUAAACAAGAUGUAGAUGAAAGCUAUAAGCUGGAGGUACCUGUAGAGAGUAUACAAGAAAGUCAGAGUAUAACUGAAAAUAAUCCAAACUCAAAAAAUACAUUUAAAUGUAAGACAUGUGAAAGAGAAUUUAGCUCAAAUAUGAGUUUAAUAAGACACAAUCGUAUUCACUCUGGUGAGCGUCCGCAUAAUUGUCUGAAAUGCUCGAAAUCUUUUAUCCAAUCAAGUGAUCUUAAAAGACAUCAAAUUGUUCAUACCCGCAAGCGUAGAAAAAAUUUUGAUUUAAACGAUAAUAUUAGAAAGGAGGCUGAUCAAAAUAUGAUUAAAAACAAAUCGAUAUCAAGAAAAUUAGUCCAGUGUAAAAUUUGCGGAAAGACUUUUAUAGGAAAUUCUUACUUAACAAGGCACAAUCUGAUUCAUACCGGCGAACGUGCUUUUAAGUGUCCGAAAUGCCCAAAGACUUUUACCCGGGCAUCUACUCUUAAAACACACCAAACUGUGCACAGCAGCAAGCGUUUGUUCAAAUGUCCCCAGUGCCAAAAGACCUUUACCCGAAAAUAUAAUCUAAACGAUCAUCUUAGAAAGCACGGGGAUCAAAAAGUGAUUGAAAAGAAACCAAAGGAGGCAAAAUGUAAGACUAGUGGUAAGACAUUCAAAAGAAAUGAACAUUUGAUAAGGCACACUCGUAUUCACACUGAACGUGAACGUCCUUUUAAGUGUCCGAAAUGUCCGAAAUCUUUUGUCCAGGCAUCAAAUCUUAAAACACACGAAGCUGUUCACACCGGCAAGAGUAUGUUCAAGUGUCCCCACUGCCCUAAGAACUUUAAUACAAAACAAGGUCUAAACCAGCAUCAGAAAAUACACGUUUCUAAAAACGAAUCCGAAAGCAUAUAAAAAA